ACCAUUGACUUUUUAUCGGUCUCGCGAGAGCUCGAAUAGCAUGAGAGAGAACGGGAUUUCGACGCUGGUGAAAAAUGGUUCCUCACGUAACCAUGUGUUCUCCCAUGCUUCGGCAAAUUUUCCGCGCAGGCUCCUACCUUCCUCUGAAAUCGUUUAAACCGUCUUCUACAAGGGUCCAGUUUUCCACAGCCACUACAGCUCCUCCAAGCGAAAGGGAAACAGAGUCACCCAAAGAAGAGAAAGCAGCGGUGGAUGAUGCUUUAGUUGCUUGCCAAGAGGAGAACCGCAAGCUUGUGGAGCAGAUCAAAGCCAUUGAUGACAAGUACAAGCGGUCGCUGGCGGACAGCGAGAACCUCCGGAUGCGGAUGCUGAAACAGGUGGAAGAGGCUCGGGUCUUUGGCAUUCAGAAGUUCUGCAAAGACCUGUUGGAUGUGGCAGAUGUGCUGGACAGCGCCCUAUCAAGCGUGCCUGAGGAGGCCAUUGUUCCAGACAACCCACACCUGCACAGUUUGUUCACGGGACUCAAGAUGACUCAGGCGCAGAUGCAGACGGUGUUUCGACGUCAUGGGCUCACUCAGCUCAACCCAAUCGGCCUCAAGUUUAACCCAAAUGAGCACCAGGCAGUAUUCGUGCACCAAGAUGCCACCAAGCCACCUGGCACGGUGGCAGUGGUCUCCAAGAUAGGCUACAAACUUCAGGACCGCACAAUCCGCCCAGCCAUGGUGGGCGUGGUGGAGCGAACCUGACGGCGUUUGCUUUCUGGUUUAGAUCAUCAUUGUUUCUCUGUCAUAAGUAGUUUUUUUUUGUUUUUUUUUUAGGGGAACGAGUGAUCAGCACAGAUCGUAGUGUUGUUUUAGGAAAGUUCUCCAAAACUAUCUUUGCACAAUUUUAGAAAGGUCUACCUGUAAAAUACCAAGUAAGUGCCUACCCGAAAGUUGGAGAUUAUGACAAAAAAAAUGGGGUGGGCGCCUGUUAGGUUUGACAGCGUAAAAGAAGGGGCCCAUGGUAGGGUAGGCCUUUGCUUCAUCUAACGGAACAUUAUAGGAGCAGUAUAGGGAUCUGGCAGAACCUUUAAUUACAAUAAGCAGCCGUGCCACUAUUGUCAUGUCCACUUCGUGCGAGCGCUCUCGUGUCAUGCUUUGCACCGGUGCAUGCGCAUGAAGCUGCACCACUUAGCACCGGCUUCACGGACAGGCAGCUGGAGUGGAGGAGCACGUUGGUUAGCUCUGUGUGUUCAGGCGUUUGUUGGGAUGGGUGCUUGACAUGGUCAUUUGCUUAUAUAAAAGAUGUUCGAAAUGGAAGGGGUGGGCACUUUUUGCGAGGUGGGUGCAUUCUUGGUAUUUUACAGUAACGACAGGCUUGUGGCCGGAUACUGUUGGAAAGUUUUUUUCUACGUUCUAGAUAAAUUUGACUUUUUCAUUCCAACCGACACAUGUGAGGGAAAAGAGGGGUGGCCUGCGUCACGGCAUAGCUUGAUUUCGGCAUGAGUGUCGCGUCCAGAAGGUUUUGACUGCGUGUAGCAUGGCACCCCAUGGGGUGGUCUUUCUAGGGACUGAAACCGGCCCCCGGUUAUGCAUACAAGUAGCAUAUGAACUUCGACUUUGGUUGCACAGCACAUUAAUAAUAAAAUUUAAUUGCUUUGUUA